CCUGUGCACAAUGGUCAUGCUUUGCUCAUGACUGACACACGUCGCAGACUUCUUGAUAUGGGGUACAAAAAUCCAAUCCUGUUGCUUCAUCCAUUGGGAGGCUUCACAAAAGCCGAUGAUGUCCCACUUAGCUGGCGAAUGAAGCAACAUGAGAAGGUGCUUGAAGAUGGUGUACUUGAUCCAGAGACUACUGUGGUUUCAAUAUUUCCUUCUCCCAUGCAUUAUGCUGGUCCAACUGAGGUGCAGUGGCAUGCAAAGGCACGAAUCAAUGCCGGUGCGAACUUCUACAUUGUUGGUCGUGACCCUGCUGGUAUGGGCCAUCCUUUGGAAGAUAGAGAUUUAUAUGAUGCUGACCAUGGAAAGAAGGUAUUGAGCAUGGCGCCCGGGCUGGAACGGCUAAAUAUCCUUCCUUUCAAGGUUGCAGCAUAUGAUAAAACCCAGAGUAAGAUGGCAUUCUUUGAUCCUUCCAGGGCACAGGACUUCCUCUUUAUCUCGGGUACCAAGAUGCGAACUCUUGCGAAGAACAGAGAAAAUCCUCCUGAUGGAUUUAUGUGUCCAGGUGGUUGGCAAGUGUUAGUGGAUUACUAUGACAGUUUGGCACUUGCAGGAUCUGGUAAAGUAUCCGAACCAGUACCAGCUUAAUGGUGUGAAAAUGUUGCCAUAUGUGUGAAAUAUUCCCGACAUGGCUUUUUCUCAUGCAAUAUAUUUAGUGAAUAACAAGAGGCACUUUGAAGGAAAUAAAUAGACCUUGCCUCUGUCUGUAAUUAUGAACAUGGUUUGCCGGAAUGUUGUACUCUAGUGUGCUAUGUGCAGACUUGCAGGAAUGUAACAUAUUGUUGAUUAUUGAAAAUUACAUAUAAAAUUGUGAUA